AUGUACUACAGUUUGGGAAGAAAUGGGAAAAUCUAUUGCCCGAAACCUUUUGAUGAAAGAACUUAUGUUUCGACUUGGAAAUCAAUGACUCUUCCGAUGCCGAAGAAAAACAAGGAAGAAAAUCCCUCGCCUGCCUCCGCCGCUCCUGCUAGUGGAUUGAUUAGGACCGCGAAGGAUAUUUAUGCGAGCACGACUACUUCGACCAUGCCGAGCUUUAAACUUUACAGACAUGAGCCGCAGAACAAAGAACUGGCAGAAAAAGUCCGGAAGAUUGUAAAACAGAGCCCGAUGGGCGCUGGAGGCAGUAAAGAGAGAGCUGGAAGAAGUCAAAGAUCAGCGGCUCAGCGUCUGCUAGACCAACGCCGAUCAACUGGCCAAGGUCAAAAGUUUCGUCCUCCAAGCCGCUCAAAAUCCGUCGGAGAUGGAAUCGAGAAACAAUCGCCAUUUCAAGCUCUUCCUCCAGCAGCGGAAUUCAAGAGCGUCGAGAACCUGCCCAAGGAGAUUCGAGACAAGUUCGAUCCUACUUUCGCCAAGGAGUUGCACACGAUUGUUCGUCAGAAAUCACAGCGGCGCGAGCUUUUCGGCUUUUCCGAUCCAACAGCGCAGAAAAACGCGAAUGCCAGCAACCCCGACCUUUUUUCCGAAAUCGAAAACUCCUUCAAAUCUUCAACUCCUCGAUCGCCCCGCCGCUCCGACUCUGAAAUAAUCGAGCGCGCAACGAUGAGAUCCAAAACCUCCCAAAAACCAUCUCCCGAAAAUCGCAAAAGCGCACACGAAGCACUCUUUCCUGGCUACAGAACUCUUCCCUCGACGAGUGCUCCAAAGAGUGAUCCAUUGUUCGCGAAUGGCAAUUUCAAUGGAACGAAUAAUUCGGCAAAGGGAGCGAAUUAUUCGAGCCUUGGGAAUUUGAAGAAGUCGAAUUUUAGUUCAAAGACGAGUUUGGUCAGCUCAGAGUACGAUAAUGUCAAGAAAUCACCAAGACAAGCGAUGAAAACAACCGAGCCAAAGACCUCAAAUCGUCCUACUCACCGUUCGGACCAGCCACCUCCUCGAACCUCAAACGACAAUGUCACCCUUCUUGCUCAAUCCUCCCUGAUGAAGCUUCUCAACAGAAGUCAAGGAAACACAGACAAAUCGUCAACAGGUGGCCACUCGCAUCAAUCUUCGAAGAGCGAUUUAGAAAACUCGACACCGCCGAGCUCGAAUCCAAUUUCUCGACGGCCGAAAAGUGGCGCCGAUUACUCCACGCCAGCUGUGAUGAGGACAAAUGUCCGACCAUCGCAAAAAGCUGAAAAUACUGAUAAUCGCGUGUCGACUAUUUCGAGCAAUGGGGGAGCCGGGAGAAUGUUUUGCGUUUCCAGCAGAGAGCCAAUGCUCAUUUGUCGAAACUCUGCUUGCUCGAAUCAAGCGACGCUGAAACAAGCAAAAGCGCAAUACAAGUCUUGUCGCUAUUGUGUGACGUUCUAUUGUACAAAGGAAUGCCGAGCCGAACACUGGCACAAACACAAGGACAAAUGCGUUUACGCCAAAGCAGCUUCUCUCGCAAAACUGAUCCUUCACCAAAUCAACCAUUCCCAGCUCAUGAUGCACUCACUCUCCAAAAUCGUGGCGAAAGAAGAGCGGUCAAAAGGACGCGGCGCCGUCAGAGUAGUCGUGAGCAGCAUCAAAGAAGCUGAAGAAUUUGUUUUGCGCGGGUUUGCUGCUCUUUCAAUGACGCCACAGUAUUUGCCGCAGUCUGAGCUCGAUCCGGAGAUGUCGGCAAUUGCGGAUAAAUAUUCGCUCGAUGAUGAAAUCCUUGUUGAUGUCAUGCUGAGAAUAACGAAUAUGGAAAAACUCGCGCAUAGCCGACCUUACAGAACAAACUCGGAUUUCGUCUCAACUGGCUCUCGAAUGAAAAGACCUCAAGACCGCUUCGUCGAAAUCCGAAAAGGUCACACUUCCUCAACUCUUCAAAAAGUCGUUCAAGUAUAG